UGUGAUUAAUUUCCGUCUUCGUCUUUUCUUACUGGUUCAUCUUAGAAAGAAUAAUUGAAAAGAUUCAACAUGAGGUCGUCAGUGUCAGCAUUUCUUGUUAUGUUGGGUCUUCUUAUUUACUUAACAAUUGGUGCAUUCAUAUUCAUGGCACUUGAGCAACCCCAUGAAACUCAUAUUCGAUUAAAUACAAAAGAUUUUCUACUCAACUUCUUAGAUAAUAAUACAUGUGUUACGGAAUCGGAAUUGCGAACUGUGAUUGACGAGUUAAUUCUUGCUUAUGACCAAGGUGUCACACCACUGAAAAAUGUCACAUCUCCCAGCAAUUGGGAUUUCCCAAAUGCGUUCUUCUUUGUUACUACAGUCGUUACUACUAUUGGUUAUGGUAACUUAUCACCGAAUACAUUUUGGGGACAAAUUUUCCUUCUUUUUUACGCUACAGUUGGGAUCCCAAUUACUUUUAUUGCACUAGCAUCUGUGACACGUUUUCUGAAAGUGAGUUAUCGACUUUAUCAACGACGCUCAGAGUGCUACUUCUCUUGCAUAAAGCAUGAUGGUGUACGCAAGUUCAUUCAGUUUGCAAUAUUUGCUUCUGUUGUGUAUGCCGUAUUAAUUGUAGGACCAUCUGCAGUAUUUGCAUAUCUGGAGGACUGGAGCAUGCACAUAGCACAUUAUUAUACUUUUGUAACACUUUCUACAAUUGGGUUUGGAGAUUACGUCGCUAGCUACAGUGAAAAAAUACAUGGAUACUGGAGAAUUGUAUAUAAAAUUGUUUUAGCAAUUUAUUUUGUAAUUGGAAUAUCACUGAUUAAUAUAGUGUUUGGCUUUGCUCAAAGCAUACAGGAAAGGGAGGGGAAAAAGUUGGCAAAAAGGGCCAAGGUACAUCAGGAGAAUUUAAUGAAAUUACACGACAGAAACAGCAAUGUAGGGUUAUCCAUUUUCCAAUCAAAACGUAAUUCAUCAGUAAAUACUGGUGAAGAUGAAAAACGUGUGGUUUCUACGUAUCUGUAA